AUGCCUGGGAAGUCCCGCAGCGUGGUGCAGCUCCAGGACCACAAGACAGCGUUCGCCUUGGCCAAGAGGAGGCAAGCCGAGGUCUUGCUGCAGAGCCGACUCUUCAAUGCCAGGGAACGUCUGAUGGGGGGAGAUUAUGAAGCCUGGAAGGCUCAGGUUCAUGAUCGGAAAAUUCAAAAUGCGACGGAAAAAGGCAGGCAUGAGACAAUUGGAGCGGAAAUGAGGCAGAAUGACCGAAUCGCAUGUAUCCUAGAGGAGCGGCAGAAGAGGGACAGGAAGACUCUCCAGAAAGCCAUAACUGAGUUCCGGCAGACCUUCCAGAAACCAGAGAGUCGCCGGGAGUUUGACCUCUCUGAUCCCCUAGCUCUAAAGAAAGAUACUACACCCAGCAUAUUGGAGGAGGUCAAAAAGAACAGCGUCUCUGGGAUGCAGAGAUUCAUGGGGGAGGAUUUGGGCUACAAUGAGAGGAAGAAAGCCCAGCAGGAGCAGAAUAGGGAGUGGACCCUUGAGCACCAGCACACAUGGAAUAAUGCUCUUGCUGACCACAAAUUAGCAGAGGACAUCUUCACCAAGAGCAGGCUGGAGUUUGACCAAACUGCCAUGGACCUUCAGAAACUGGAACUUGCCACUAGACGAGCAGUGUGUGCGGUUGUGAAGGAUUUCAAUAAAAACCAGAUUCUUGAAGCAACGGAAAGGAGAAGGCUUGAGCACAAACAGGAAGAGGAAGACAACGUGGCAGAGAUCGCCAACACCCUGCAGAGUGACUUCCCCUCUGAGACCUCCCACCGGCUUGGCCAGGGUAGGAGGUGGACCAAGGAGCAGCUUGAGGAGAUCUGGCUCAUCCAGAAGCAGCAGAUCCAUGAAAAGCAGAGGCUACAGGAGGAAGAGAAGCAACGAGACUUUGACUGGGACCGGCAGCGAGUCCAGGCAGCCAGAGUCAACAUUCUGUUAGAGAGGAAGCAGCAGCGGCUAAACCGAGAUCUCCGCAGGGAUAUGGAUAACAAGAAUUUGAACUUGGCCUAUGAGCAUAAAAGCAUGACUGAUUAUCUUAAUGAGGAAGUCUACAGGAAUUACCCUUCCGCAGAAUAUUUCUCACAAUUUAAUACAACUAGUAAAUAAGGAUG